AUGAAGCCGCACAACCACAGCAGUGCUGUGACUGAAUUUGUCCUCUUGAGCUUCUCCAUGCCCUGGCCAUGGGACAUCCUAUUCUUUGUGCUGCUGCUAGCCAUCUUCACAUUGACCUUGACUGGGAACCUCCUGAUCAUCACCCUGGUAUUUAAAGAUCAUCAGCUCCGUACCCCUAUGUACUUCUUCCUCUGUAACCUGUCCAUUCUGGAGAUCCUCUUCAUUUUCUCUGUCAUCCCAAAGUUGAUGGAAAACCUGCUGUCUCUGGACAAAACCAUCACCUUCUGGGGCUGCAUCACCCAGUGCUACUUCUACUUCUUCCUGGGCAUUGCUGAAUUCUUCCUGAUUGCUGUCAUGUCCCUUGACCGCUAUGUUGCUAUCUGCCACCCUCUCCACUACCAUCUCAUCAUGAAUAAGCGUGUCUGUGCCCUCCUCGUCUUGGGAUGCUGGCUGGGUGGAUGCCUUUUCCCACUUUCCUCCAUCAUCCUGCUAAGCAGGUUGCCCUUCUGUGGCCCCAAUAUAAUAGACCAUUUCUUCUGUGACUAUGCCCCCUUAGUCCGGCUCUCCUGUAUCGACACCAACCUGCUCUUGACUAUAGAGUCUGUCCUUGCUGCAGUUGUGCAGGCCAGCUCGUUAGUCUUCACGCUUGGGUCUUAUGCAUACAUUAUCAGCACCAUCCUGCGCAUCCGCUCAUCCACGGGGAGACAGAAGGCUUUCUCCACCUGUGCCUCCCACAUUACUGUGGCCUCUAUUUUCUAUGGCAGUGCCAUUUUCAUGUAUUGCCUGCCAAGCCAGGGACGCUCACCAGAUGUCCAGAAGGCAGUGGGUAUGUUAUCAGUGGUGGUCACACCACCUCUGAAUCCUUUCAUUUACAGUCUGAGGAAUGAAAAGGUCAAGAACGCCAUGAGGGACUUUGUGAGGGGUAAAAAGAUUUCACUCUAG